GGAUCCGAACCCGGGACGACCCCUCUCCGAGGGCUUCCGGCUCUGCAGGGGCCGGGUGUUAGCGUUCGGAGGCCGCAAGGUCUCCUUAGUCCCCACUUGACAGAUAUGUAGGCCACGCCCGGCCGCGGAACGCAGCGCUCUGAUCCUCUGCCGUUGUCCUCCCUGCCCCAUCUCUGGAACCAGGCUGGGGGCAGAGGCGUCUGCUGAUGUCCCGUGCGAGCAUCCUACUGCGGCUAAGCCCCACCCUCCGCUCCGCCCGCAGUCUCUGUACAGCCCGGCUUAUGGAGGGGCAACCUAAAGGGCCGCGGAAUCCGGCCCCGAUGGAGAACGGCAGCGGGACCUGCGGAGAGGAGCGCCCACCUGAGGCCCAAGAGACGACAGUCACCGAAGGGGCCGCCAAGAUCGCCUUUCCCAGCGCCAACGAGGUCUUCUACAAUCCAGUGCAAGAGUUCAAUCGAGACCUCACAUGUGCAGUGAUCACCGAGUUUGCUCGCAUUCAGCUUGGGGCCAAAGGAAUCCAAAUCAAGGUCCCAGGCGAGAAAGACGUGCAAAAGGUGGUCGUGGACUUGUCAGAGCAAGAGGAGGACAAAGCAGAGCUGAAAGAGGGUGAAAACCUGGCCCCGGGAGACCAACCUCGAACAGCGGCUGUGGGGGAGAUCUGUAAGGAUGGCCUGCGGGUGCUGGAGGGCCUGGCAGCCUCGGGCCUACGUUCCAUCCGCUUUGCCCGGGAGGUGCCGGGGCUCCGAUCCGUGGUUGCCAACGACGCCUCCUCCCGGGCCGUGGAUCUCAUGCGCCGCAACGUGCAGCUCAACGAUGUGGCACACCUGGUACAGCCCAGCCAGGCAGAUGCCCGCAUGCUGAUGCACCAGCACCAGAAGGUGUCAGAGCGCUUUGACGUCAUCGACCUGGACCCCUACGGCAGCCCCGCUCCCUUCCUGGACGCCGCGGUGCAGGCGGUGAGCGAAGGAGGGCUGCUGUGUGUGACCUGCACUGACAUGGCGGUGCUGGCGGGGAACAGUGGGGAGACGUGCUACAGCAAGUACGGAGCUAUGGCCCUCAAGAGCCGGGCCUGCCACGAGAUGGCGCUGAGGAUCGUCCUGCACAGCCUGGAUCACCGCGCCAACUGCUACCAGCGCUUCGUGGUGCCACUGCUCAGCGUCAGCGCCGACUUCUACGUGCGGGUGUUUGUCCGGGUGUUCACCGGCCAGGCCAAGGUCAAGGCCUCGGCCAGCAAGCAGGCCCUGGUGUUCCAGUGCGUGGGCUGCGGAACCUUCCACCUGCAGCGCCUCGGCAAAAUGUCAGAAGCCCCCGGGGGCCGGGUCAAGUUCUCUGCGGCCUGCGGGCCCCCCGUGGCUCCCACGUGUGAGCACUGUGGCCAGCGGCACCAGCUCGGCGGCCCCAUGUGGGCCGAGCCCCUCCACGAUCUGGACUUUGUGGGCCACGUCCUGGAGGCCGUGAGCGCCAACCCCGGCCGCUUCCACACGUCCCAGCGGAUCCGCGGGGUCCUGAGCGUCGUCACCGAGGAGCUCCCAGACGUGCCCCUGUACUACACGCUGGACCAGCUGAGUGCCACCAUCCGCUGCAGCACACCCAGCCUCCUGCAGCUGCGCUCGGCUCUCCUGCACGCCGGCUUCCGGGUCUCGCUGUCCCACGCCUGCAAGAACGCCAUAAAGACGGACGCCCCCGCCUCGGUCCUCUGGGACAUCAUGCGCUGCUGGGAGAAGGAGUGUCCAGUGAAACGGGAGCGGCUGUCUGAGAGCAGCCCAGCGUUUCGCAUCCUCAGUGUGGAGCCCAGGCUGCAAGCCAACUUCUCCAUCCGGGAAGAUGCCAACCCCGGCUCCCGCCAACGCGGACUCAAGCGCUUCCAGGCCAACCCCGAGGCCAACUGGGGCCCCCGGCCCCGCGCCCGGCCAGGGGGCAAGGCGGUGGGCGAAGCUAUGGAGGAGAGGCGCAGGCUGCCCCAGAAUAAGAGGAAGGAGCCGGCCGAAGAUCCCGCCCAGCGAGCUGCCCGGCUCAAGACGUUUCCCUGCAAGAGGUUCAAGGAGGGCACCUGUCAACGGGGGGACCAGUGCUGCUACUCCCACGGCCCCCCAGCAUCCGAGGCCACCACCGAUGUCACCCCUGCUCAGUGCCCAGAGCCCCCCAACCAGAAUCCCCCUGGGCCCGGGGCUGCUACAGGGCCAGGCAUAUCCUGAACCAAUAAAGACGUCCCCUGCCGCUGUGUGUCCUUGUUCUGAG